AUGUGUAAGAUCGUGUACUUGUGUAGAAAUCCAAAGGAUAUGUUCACGUCGCUGUGGCACUUCAUCGGAAAGUUACUACCACAAGCCCAAGAGCCCAGUUCAGUUGAAGAAUCAUUUGAGAAAUUCUGCGAAGGAAGGAGUGCUUGUGGUCCAUUUUGGGAUCACAUCUUGGGAUACUACAAGCAGAGUUUGGAGAGGCCAAAUAAGGUAAUGUUUUUUACGUAUGAGGAGUUGAAGAGCAAACCAGUUAGAGUUUUGAAGGACUUGGCUGAAAUUAUAGGGAAUGGAUUUACUGAGGAGGAAGAGAAUGGCAAUGUUAUUAAUGAUCUAAUGAAGCUUUGUGGUUUUGAGAAUUUGAGCAACUUGGAACUGAAUAAGAUUGGAAAAUUAUUGACUGGGGAAGAGAAUAACAUUUACCUUAGGCGUGGAGAUGUUGGGGACGGGGAAAAAUUUCUCACCUCUGACAUGAUUGAAAAGCUAAAUGUUAUUACUCAAGAGAAGCUGGGGAUGCAUGGCGUGAACUUCUAG